UGUGGUUUGGACGAACAAAAAGCAACAAACACCCAAAAAACAUGCAUGCUACAAAAUCUAGAAGCUAAAUCUUUGGAACUUCUUCUGGUUAGGAGGAAGAUGCCGAAUCGGUGGAAGUAACACUGAGUCGUACGAAUCAGUUCAAGAGACACCAUAGAUUUGACAACAAUUUAUUGAAUGAAAGACAACUCAAGUCUCCAUCUAAUGCCAGCUUUGAGCUAAUUGGCAAAACCAGGCUUCCCCAAAGAUAACCAAAAGCAAUGAGAAUUCUUAUCCAUCACUGUGCCUAUGGCUGCUUGCUGCUUACACACGGAAAUUCUUUCCGCCACCGAGGCCACGUUUGGGCGAAACCUACAGCCAGGCAACUAUUCAUCCCCUUCAAAUUUUGGUAUAUAUGAAUUUAGGUUGACCUUCUAGAAACAAAACUAGCCACGAGACAGUGGAAAGGAAAUAGAAGCGAAUUGCCUACUUGCUCCACGUGUCCACUUACCGCACAUGCAAUUAAAAUCCUCCCACGUGUUGACCCAAUUUAAAUCCGACGGUUUAUAAGCUUCCACGUUGAGUCCCCAUGUUCGCCCAUCACCGCAAAAUCCCGGCGGUAUUUCCUCCUUAGUUGCGUACGUGGCAGUUCUUCGAACAUCCACGCGCUCCGUCCUUUGAGUCUGCCAUUUUUCCUCUUACAAAUCUCCUCUUUGUUUUUUUCUUUUAAUAUUGCUACAUUUAAAAUAAAAAUAAAAAGCGUUCGAAAUUCAAGGAAGCGGAGGAAAAAAAUGGUGAGGCCGGGAAGGGGGAGGGAUAACGGCGUUAAUAAUAACAGCAGCGCCCGUUACAAGGGAGUACGUAUGAGGAAGUGGGGGAAAUGGGUAGCGGAAGUACGGCAACCGAACAGCAGAAGAAGAAUAUGGUUGGGUUCUUACAAGACAGCAGAAGAAGCAGCGAGAGCUUACGACGCUGCCGUUUUUUGUCUGCGUGGGAGUUCAGGGAAGCUUAAUUUUCCGGAUAAUCCUCCGGAUAUAGCAGACGCUAGUGAGUUGACGCCGGAGCAAAUCCAGGAAGCAGCUUUCAGGCACGCGCGUAAGGAUAUUACUGAAGAAGCGGAAGUGAAAGAAGAGAUGGCGGCGGGUGGGAAUUUUAACGGGGAGUGUUAUUUUGGUGGUGGGAGUGUCGGAGAUGGGUCCGGUGGAACUUAUUAUCACUCGUCUGGUUUUUGGACUUUCUAGCUCUAGGAGUUUUCUUUCUUUUCUUUUUUUCUUUUUUUGUUUUGUUUUGAAUACCACGUUAGUGUAUGCAAAUUUGAUAGGUUUGUAGUUGGAAAGUUAAUGGGGAGUUUUUGAAGUGAUUUCUAUAGUGUUUUGCCUUUCAAUAUGAUAUGUAUUUCGGCUCAAUUAUGCAAAUUUGAAUGGAGUUACAGAUCUACAGUAUCUGUAAAGGUUCUAUCAACAAUCUGUGUUCCUUUGGAAUUGCCAUAUAAAACGCUGAAAUGCAUACUUUCUUCCUUA